GUAAUAUGAUGCUGCGGUUUGAAGAAAUUUCCAAAAUACUCUGAUGAGCAACCUUUAUGUUGUUGCACGCAUCCGUCCCUUAACUCCUGAAGAGUCCAAUGAAAACCCAAGGCAGUAUAUAACGAUUAGGAAAAAUGAGUUGAUUCUGUUCAGUGGCAAACACAUCAGUAGUGGAACAGUUGCUGAUCACAGAGUUCAAACUAGAAUAUUCACCUUAGACCACAUAUUUGGCUCAGGUGAAUCCCAUAGCUGUGAACUAGAUUCACAGUCUUCGAUAUACAAUCACAUUGGAAAAGAUGCAGUUGAGUCUGUGAAACAUGGAUACAACAGUAGUGUGUUUGCUUACGGGAUGACAGGAACAGGGAAAACGCAUACAAUCUUUGGAUCCGAAAUGACAGGUUUUUGCAAUAUGUGUAAUACUGAAAAUUUUCAUUCUGUAAAGUUACUUUUGUUUGAAAAUAAGAAAGAUCCAGGUUUAAUUCCACGAGUGUGUGAAGCCUUGUUAGAACAUGUGAAAUUGAAUCAAAGUAUACAUAUGAAAUAUGAAUUGAAAAUAAGCUUCGUGGAAAUAUACAAUGAAAAAAUUCAUGAUCUUCUGACUGAUUCAAACAGCCAUGAAUCUUUAAGGAUACGUGAGCAUCCAGAAGAUGGCCCAUACGUUGAAGGUUUAACAAAAUUAUCUUUGUGUGAUACAAAAACAUUACAAACAGCUAUUAAUCGAAGUAUUAAAAACAGGACUAUAGCUGCCAAUCAUGUUCAUGAGAAAAGCAGUCGAAGUCACGUGAUUUGUACAAUUUAUUAUCAAGAGAUCCGAUCUGGCAUUGAUUUUCCUAGAACAAUAAACAGUAAACUCUGCCUUAUUGAUUUGGCUGGAAGUGAACGAGUAAAAAAUCUAAACGAUAGGAAACGUUUCACCGAAGGCAGAAAAAUCAAUUUAUCUCUAUCAUCCUUGAGCACAGUUAUUGGGAAAUUAGCUGAAAAAUCUUUAACCGAUAACAAUGAUUUAGAGCUGACAUUAAACAGUAGUCAUUCAACGUUGAAUAGUGCAAGAAGUUCUAGUACAAGACGAAGCAAUUGUUAUAGUACAUUUCAUAUUCCUUAUAGAAAUUCUAAGUUAACUUGGCUUUUAAGAGAUUCACUGGGUGGAAAUGCACGCACUACAAUGAUAGCAACUAUAUCCCCAUCUUACAAACAAUAUCAUGAGACAGUAAAUACGCUACGUUAUGCACAACAAGCAAAAAUGAUUACAAAUUCACCCAAAGUGAAUGAGGAUGAAAGUACUAUUUACAUUAGACAACUAUUGAGUGAAAUUACUGUAUUGAAACAAAGAUUACAAGAAAAAGAAACGUAUUCCACAGUUCAUAGGUUUCUGAAUUACUAUCCGAGAUCAAUUAAACGUCGACCACUGCUUAGAAAAUCCAGUUCAGAAAGCUGUGUGAACCAGUACCCAUUUGCUGAGAAUUUUGACACAUCUCAGUAUUCCAAAGAAGAAAUCCGACAUUGCGAGUCUGAAAGAUAUCCAAAACACACUCCUGAUAUACUUACCACAUCCUACAGUGAAUACAAACAAAUAUGUGAUCUUCAAAUUUCUCAAAACGAUGUCAAGCAGCAACAACAACCGAUUACAUCGGAUCAAACAACACAGACUAAUUAUUCAGAAGAAUAUGGUAAACUCUGUGUAGAGUAUUUACAAAGAAGUAGAAUUAUUGAUUCAUCAUAUUGUCAACUGAACAGUAAAUUUCCAUUCAAUGACAAAUCAGAAUACGGUGAUGGAUGUGUGACAACGCAUUCGCGCAUGAGAGCAAAUCAGUCAAAUAAUUUAACAAACAACCUUUUAAACAUCCAUUUAUCUGAAUCUAAUCCACCUGAAAGUAAAUUAUUCUCGAAUACAAAAUUAACUCAUCAAGAGUCACAAACUGAUGGUGAAAACAAUAACAAUUCCAAUGAGAAAGAUGAAACAACUGAAAAAUUGAUUCUAGCCAAACCGUUAGCUUUGGUUGACACCAGUUACGACAACGAUGACAAUGGUGAUAAUGAUGAUCAAAUGAAGAAAGGUGAGAAACAUGCUUCAACUGGUGAUGCUCACGAAGCGUCGAAAGAACUCAAAAACAUUCGACAUACUACUACUACUACUACUACCGAUCUUUCCGGCGUUAAAAAGUCUCUUUCCGAAAGCAUUUUAACAUCAACGCCUAAAAAAGGUACUCCGUCAAAGAAACUACGAAUGAAAAAGGUAUACUUUAGAAGAACACAUAGAGGAUUGCCUGUUCUCACAGAUACGAUGUGUAAAAAGUCUAAAUCUCACAGAAAGCUCAGUCCCGUGAAGAAAGUGGGGAAGCGUAGAGUAUACUUCGCAGAUGGGAUGUCAGUCAUCAUAAAUAACAUGAAUUCAACAGGAAAGCAAUUAAUUAAUGACUGCCAGUUCAAGGAUGAAAAACUACAACCAAAUCAACAACAGGUUGAAAUUGGUUCACCUGUACCGAGUGAUGAAUUUACUGAUUCCCUGGAGUUGUCAACGGAUUUGAAAGUUUCUCAUGAUCAAAUUGAAAACAUAUCUAUGAGCAUAAAUAGGACUGAUGAUUUCAGCGUUGAACGUAAACUCAAUGAUACAGCUGAUGAGAUGAAACUGGAUUUCAGUCUACUCAUGACACCGGUGUCAAUUGCUUUACAAGAUUUAUCUUCCCCAUCAUCAUAUCGAACAACAGCUUCUUAUCUAGAUGAUAGAAGUGGAAGAGAUGAUAUUGCAGUCGCUACUGGAUCAGAUCUUCUUGAAGUACCAGGAGGUCAACAGGAAAAGAGACAAAUCCCUUGUGAUUCUACAGAUAUUUCUUUGAAUCUGAAUGACAGUUUGGAAGCCUUUGAAAGCAGUGAUACAAAUUUCGACUCAACGGAUAGUAAAGAAAUAACUAAAAGUGCAUGGUUUUAUCCUUCCGUUGUUGAAGAAAUCAAAGAAAUUUUACAGCAAAGACAAUCUCUAUCAUCUCCGUCAUCGAUAUGCUCAGAAGAUUUAUACCUUGACGAUCACUCAAGCUGUGAUUUAAAUAGUGAUGUAGAGUUGGGAUACUUUUAUCUUAUUUCCUUUUCACUUAAUAUCUCUACUGAAGUUGCUAAAGUUGAGUCAUUUAUUAACAGAUUGUUCAUUACGGAUGAUUACCGGUAUUUUGAUGAUAACAACUAA